AUGCAACAUCAGGGUAACGAAUCAGCUGCCGGUGACGGCCAUCGCACCAUACCACGACCGACGCCUGCGGAAUUUCGCAAGUUAGUAUCUGGUCCCCAAGAAAACAUCAUCCGUGCAAUGGACGUAAGUCAGCCGGUCUUCGAAGAAAUCAAGAAAAUUCUCCGCAAUCAAGCAGUUAUGAUGCUUGAUUGCGAGAGGUUCAUACACGAGCAAGUCCCAGACAUCUGGGCAAUAUAUUUGGACUGGGCUCGCGAGGAACUGGCAUCAUUUCUAUCCAAGUACACUGAUGCACAGUGGCCUGUCGAGCUCUACAUCGAACAUUACUUAUCCAAGAAAACGUAUGCCAAGCGUCACGCCUUCAGAGCCAAGAUAACGAAGUUAAGGCCCGCCCCCAACACUGUUCGUGUUAAGAGCUCUGCCUCAGAGCGUGGUGCGAGCUUGCCACCCGCUCCCGGUGGUCCACCUCCACCUUAUGAAGAUCACGACUUUGUACAACCUCAUGCGGCGAAUGACGAUAAUGUUACUGUCGAGAACUUUCUCAAGACCGUUAACCCUGACAUUAGCCACUUCCUCACCGCGUUUGAGGAAUUAGGGAUCAGCAGCGAAGCGGACCUGGUUGUUGUGAGGUCAUGGGCUUCUGGUGUGAGAAAGGAUUUUUUCAAGAGAGAAUUGAUGGGGAAGAUGAGCGCUCUCCAGAUCCAGGCUUUGAAUAUCAAACUUGGGGAGAUGAAUUAG